AUGACUAUUCUAUUAACACAGCUGGAAGUUCUAGCAAGGCUUUGGAGAGAGAAAAUCAUGUGCAAACUUACUCAUUUCAAGGAGACGAGAGCAUUUCAACGAGCCUCGAGAUUGGCAGCCAAGCCCACAAGGAGAAAAGGCCAUAUGCAUUUCCCUCUGCAGCCAUGGAGAUUACAGAGAGACAAGGCGAAGGGCAACAGCCAACGGGCACCCCCUCCAACGUUGUCGGUCAUUCAGCUGAUUGAGCUGGCAAUGAGAAGUUUCACCCAUUCCGAUUCCAAAACAGGAAAGGAUUUCCAUCACUCUGCUGUCAUUUAUCCGAAUAGAGCCACCUUCUCCAGAAGCAAGUCUGAGGAUAUUCGGCUCGUGCAGGACCUCCUGUCGUGUGCUCAGGCAGUGUCCAAUCAUAACAACGAUUGUGCUAGUGAGUUUCUAAAAGAGUUCAGCAAGCUGAGCUCCGGCUCGACCAAUGUGAUGCAGCGUCUGGUCUACUAUUUCUCUGAAUCUCUAUGUGACAGGAUAUUACCAGUGAAUACAAGGCCAUUAGAAUUAAUACCUCCGAUCUCGGACACAGCUUCCUUGAUCGAAAAAUUACCUUUCAACCAGGUUAUGCAGUUCGCCGGUGUUCAGACAAUGUUAGAUCACAUAUCAUCAUCUUGGCCUCUAUGGCGGCCUCAGACAUGCUGUUUUAAUGCAAGCUUUAACUACUAG